CCGCCCUCCGCUAGCGCCGGGUCCGCGCUGCCGGCCGCGGUCCUGGCGCUCCACGCUGCGGCCGCUCGGAGCAAUGAUUAACCCGGCGGGCCGGCCGGCGCGGGGCCCGGGGCGGAGGCGCGGGACCGGGGCGGGACCCCGGAGGGCCGCUCAGCUUCCUGCUCGCGCCCAAGUUUCCUCGUAGAGGGCGCAGUGCCGGCCGGGGCCCGCGGCGCGGCGUGGCGCAGGGCGCGGCGCGGGGCGCGCGUGGGCGCGGCGCGGGCCGCCGGGGUCACCAUGAGGACUCUCCGCAGGUUGAAGUUCAUGAGUUCGCCCAGCCUCAGUGACCUGGGCAAGAGAGAGCCGGCCGCCGCCGCCGCGGACGAGCGGGGCACGCAGCAGCGCCGGGCCUGCGCCAACGCCACCUGGAACAGCAUCCACAACGGGGUGAUCGCCGUCUUCCAGCGCAAGGGGCUGCCCGACCAGGAGCUUUUCAGCCUCAACGAAGGCGUCCGGCAGCUGCUGAAGACGGAGCUGGGGUCCUUCUUCACGGAGUACCUGCAGAACCAGCUGCUGACGAAAGGCAUGGUGAUCCUGAGGGACAAGAUCCGCUUCUAUGAGGGACAGAAACUGCUAGACUCGCUGGCGGAGACCUGGGACUUUUUCUUCAGUGACGUGCUGCCCGCGCUGCAGGCCAUCUUCUAUCCGGUGCAGGGCAAGGAGCCGUCGGUGCGCCAGCUGGCCCUGCUGCACUUCCGGAACACCAUCACCCUUAGCGUGAAGCUGGAGGACGCACUGGCCCGCGCCCAUGCCCGCGUGCCCCCCGCCAUCGUGCAGAUGCUGCUGGUGCUGCAGGGGGUGCAUGAGUCCCGGGGUGUGACCAAGGACUACCUGCGCCUGGAGACGCUGAUCCAGAAGGUGGUGUCGCCCUACCUGGGCACGUAUGGCCUCUACUCCAGCGAGGGCCCCUUCGCACACUCCUGCAUCCUGGAGAAGCACUUCCUGCGUCGCUCCCGCUCAGGGGACAUCCUGGCCAAGAACCCAGUGGUGCGCUCCAAGAGCUACAACACCCCGCUGCUGAACCCCGUGGCGGAGCACGAAGCCGAGGCCGCGGCGGCGGGCGGCCCCGGCAUCCGCAGGCACUCGGUCUCUGAGAUGACGUCCUGCCCGGAGCCCCAGGGCUUCUCCGACUCGCCGGGCCAGGGCCCCGCCACCGUGGCCUUCAGACCCUCCCCGGUCCCCCCGUCGGGGCCCUGCCCCAGCAGACUGCACCCGCCCGCCCCGCCCCCUGAGCCCUGCCCAGACCCGGCCCGCGGCUCCCCUUCCUCCUCCAGCCCGGAGAACCUGGUGGGCCAGAUCCUGGAGUCCGUGGACUCGGAUUCCGAAGGGAUCUUCAUUGACUUUGGCCGGGGUCGUGGCUCCGGCACGUCUGAGUUCGAGGGGACCGGGGGUCGGCAGAGCAUUGUGUGAGGGCCUCUGGUCUCUACCACCCCCGGGCGUGUGUGUGUGUGUGUGUGUGUGUGUGUGUGUGCACGCCUGUGGGGGGUGUGUGUGCAAGAGGUUUUUUACUCUGUCCCAUCCAGCCCACCCUGGGCCCCUGGCCCUUCUGCCAUCCUGAGUCUUUGUUGGAAAAACCGUCACCGCCCCAGCCCCCGGUCCCACCCCUGCUGGGUCGCACGGGCCACACGUGCACAGAAUGGGCAUCGCCACUCUGGCCCCUGCGUCCACAUCCGCAGAGACUGAGAAUCCUGCGGCUCAGCCAGGCCUCCAGAACGAGUCCCAGAGCAACGGAGGGUCGGUAGCAGACCCCCGGCGCCCUUCCCCUCACCUCAGGCCACACCGGGACGUCCUGAGCGUGCCUGUCCCACACCCUCCGAGCAGCCUGACCUCGCUCUGCCCGGGGCGGCCGCGGGCAGGAGGAUGGAAUAAAGCCCGUCUGCGCCCA